UUUGGAAUUAUGGCUGCGAAGCGAAAUGAAUUCGAAACCAGUUCGGAGAGCACAGCGCGCAGCGCAGAACAAGGCAGCGCCAGCUGGGAGCAGUACUUGGAAAGGAGAAGCCUUGUUCUGCAGUUCCUGCACUCCCACCUGAGCUUCCACUACCUCCAGCAUCACCAGAUCAAAGUUGAGCUCCUGAAGAAAUGUUACUUUUACUUGGAGAUUGAGCCCAAAUGCGUGAACGUGAGAGACAACCAUGUGACGCAUUGCACCAGCAUCUUGCAACUGAUAGACCCCUGCAGACUCCAGAGGGUGAAGGAGGUGGGAAGAAACCAGAUUCAAAUCAAGCUGUCACUUUUAACCGAGCUGUUAGAACUGCUGGAACAAGGGCGGGAGGAGCUGAGCAGUUACGUAGAGACCCGUGACGUGACAACUUUCCUCUCCCAGUGGGACGUGAUUAUGCAGAAACUGUCCACGCUCUCCGAGUUGAUGGAAACUCUUCUUUCCUUGGAAGUGCCAGGACAGAUCUAUGUCAAGCACCGUUUGGUGUCAUGCGUGGAUCUUAGACAUACUGAACUCAACGUUAGGAUUUCUCUCCAUGCAAAGAUGCCACUGAUUUUUGAUCGAAAUGAAUCCUUUGCACAGGAGGACUGGGCCAAGCUGAAGUGGUUUACUGAAAAUCAAGAGUCAGUCCUGGAACCGUGUGAACUGCUCAUGAAGUUACUGACAAAUGGGAGCAAGGCAGAACCGGGAUACGGUAUGGUUCAGACAGUCACCUCGGACACAUGUGUAGUCCACAACCUGAAGCCUGGCAGGUGUUACGAAUUCACAGUUAGAAGAUCAGACACUCAGUUGCUUGUCUUCGAAAACUGGCACGACAGCAUGAUAUUGAAGACAAAACCCAAAGGUGUGGAUCCGAUGGACAGCGGCACUUGUGCACUGGAAGGGUGA